AAGGGGGUUUCAACACUUUCGUCCGUUAUCUUUUAUUCCAGCAUUUGUUCUGAUUUAAUUUCCCAUCUAUUUUGCUUCUAUUGACUGAAAUUUCCUUUUUGGUUGAUUUAUGCUUUAAUCGGGUGCUUAAAGGGAGCAUUCGAUUCAUCCCGGAGUUAUUCGAGAGCUGUCCGAGAGGCACAUAUGACGGGAAGCGCCUUCUACAAAACUUGACGGGCUGACGAGCCCGGAAGAGAGUUUCCGCUGCUACUCUUCAUCUUUUUCUGGUAUUUUAGAACACUCAUCGUUUAUCAAUCAUGUGGCCGCCACACGGCCGCUCGAGCAUUUGAGUCAUAUUCUCAAUGUUCUUCAGCUUAAAGGUUAUUUGUUGCCAAAGAAGAGAACCUUGAGGUCUUGAGUGGACCAAUUGAAGAAAGUCCUUGUUAUUGAAGCUGGGUAAACUAUCUUCAUCACCCUUUUUGCUUGAUGGUGAAACAUUCCUUGGUCAAAGACUUUGAUGUUGUCAACUGCUGGAUUAUUAGCUUAAUUAUUGGGAUUUGGAUUUGGGCAAGAGACGCUGAUAAUACCAUACAAUUUGAUGGAUCCGAUUUACCUAAGUUCUCAGGCGAACAGAUUAUUUCUCCUGGAGCCAAGCAAGGGUUGCUUCCUCUUGUUGUCCCUCUAUCCAAGAAUAAUUCAGUAACUGCAUUGUUAAGAUGGCCAACUGCUCCCACUGGGAUGGAGAUGCCCGUAGUAGAGGUUCGCAAGUAUGGAGUGUGGCUUUUGGCUAAGAAUGUCGAGCAGUAUAUCAACAGAAUAUUAGUAGAAGAAGAUGUCAAGAACUCUAAAGAAAGAAAUGAUGAGCUGUUUCAUGUUUCAUUUCCUGCUGCGAUUAAGUUCUAUGAGAAGGGUGAUUUUGUUGCAUCUCAGUUGUCAAGCAUAGAGAGCUACCUUUUGAAGAAGGUGGUGGGUUUGUUUCCAGACAUACUAGAACGCAAAGUUAAGCAGCAUUUUGACAAAGGAGACCAUGUUUCAGCUAUGGUGACCGGGGAAUACUACACUAAGAGGGAGCACUUUCCAGGAUUUGGGCGUCCUUUUGUCUUUAACGCAGAAGUUUUGUUGAAGGUUGGACGAAAUGUAGAAGCCAAAGAUUCUGCAAGGGUGGCUUUGAAAUCACCUUGGUGGACAUUGGGAUGUGAGUAUCAGGAAGUUGCUGGUAUGGCUCAAUGGGAGGACGAGCAAAUUGAGUUCAUCCAAGAGAAAGUGACAGAUGAGGGAAGGCAAGAAGAUCUGAAAAAGGGAAAAGAACCUGCUCAGAUUGCACUAGACGAAGCUGCCUUUUUAUUGGAUUUAGCUUCUGUUGAAGGGACAUGGGAUGCAUGUGUAGAGAGGGUUGCUGACUGUUACAGCGAGGCUGGGCUUCAUGAUAUUGCGAAAUUUGUUCUUUACCGAGACUAGUAUUAGAUUUGAGCAUGAAAUCUAUGCAUUUGUGCUUUUAUGCAUUCAAUUUCUGUUCAAGCAGUGCCUACUGCGACUUAUGCUUAAGAGAGCAUUUAAAUCACAAAAAUGAAAAUAAUUAUUUCUGCCAAAAUUGGAUUUUAUUCCAUAUGGCUUCUUGAUUACUAAAGACACUUAUACCAAUAAAAAGAAAAUUGUUCCAUGAUUCAUUUAUGUGUAAUGUGUACAGGUGUUGCUUCUAUCACAUUUCUGAUAAUACGGGUUUUCCCCAACUCACUGGGAUAUUCCUAUCGAACUGAUGUGGGAGGCCCUGCCAUUUUAUAUUGCGAUUACAUCAGAAAUCCUUGUACCGUGUUUCAAUUGGCUAAUAUUGAUCCAGCAAAGCCUUUCAUGAACAUGUAUUUUAGAAGAUACAUGCGACAAGUAUUUCUUUGCGAUGGCAUUUCUAGUAGUUGUUGGAAUGAAAUCGACAAUUUCUGAUUAAUUUCAGGAUUUUGUAACGUUUUUGUUGCUCUGAUUCUAUUCCGUUUUUCUUCGUUUUAUACAGAUGCACAACACGAUAUGGUUGUUUAUUUAUCUCCUUCGUUCCUCUCUGUACAGUAUGCACAUAUUAGACAACAAUAUUUCAGAUGAGCAACACAGACAGCAGUAACUAUAAAGUUUGUAUCCACCAACCCUCUUCUACCUCAUGGGAAAGGUGUCUUCUUGCCAUUACUUCUCUUUUUCCACCAGAUUAACUUCUUUAGAAAACUCUUGCUGUCUUUUUUCCUACGAGGGACAAUAGCCUUGUGAACAAUUGCAUUUCUGUCUGCAUCAUGACCAAUUUCAUUUAGAUAGGUAAAGUUGCUCCCAGUCUCUGAUGUUGCAUUGUUGCUAAAAGCAGAAUUAUCGUGUCCAUUCUCAAUGGCAUCUACCGUUUUGGGUGAGAUACCGAUUUUAACAUUAUUGUCUUCUGCUAACAUCUUAUCUAGUAGGGACAGUCAUUGGUUUCCAUUUCCUUUAGGAGUUGACAUGCUGGUAAUAACAAGAUCAGCCGGUGUUGAUAAAACCUUUUCAAAAAAGUCUGCAUCUUUAGGGGAAGCCAAUGCCUUUAAUUGCUUCCCCAGAUUUCGUAGGGUUUCUUGCCACUCGGCCAAUUUAUCUGAAGCCGAAGUAAUUUCCACAUCAUUUUGAAGUUGACUUUUGUCAUUUGUGACUUCUUUGCUUCUCUC